AUGCGAGUCGGAAAAGUUCAGAAAUUGCCUUCUAUUCAUUCUCGUUAUAAUUAUGAGGGGUUGGGUUCCAGCAACGGCUUGGUCUGUGUUAAAAUUGAGAAUGGUAUAAAUCCUCAUCCCAUUUUGAUAUGGAAUCCCGUGACUAGGGACAUCAGAGAGGUGCGCCCCAGAACUAUUGUUCAUUCUGACCUCAUUGCCGAGGUGGGAUUAGAGUUCUACAGAACUCACAUUGAUCCUCGUGAGCUUGAUGACCUUUAUGGAUUUGGGUUCAGUCCUCUUGAUAAUGAUUACAAGAUAGUGAGAAUUAAUGAAUAUAAUCAUUAUCAUAUUAAAGCCGUGGAAGUUUAUUCAUUGAAUUGCGGGUCAUGGAAGCACAUAGACGUUGUAGACGACCUAAGGGGCAUAUCAACAAGUGCUACAUAUAUCACUAUUAAUGGAGUUAUGUUUUGGGAUUUUACGUGGUGCGACGACGAGGAUCUAAUACUUCCAAUUGACCUAUUAAAGAAGGAAGUGUGUGAGUUCAUACCAUUGCCUCGCAUAUACGGUGGUUUUCGUCGUACAAGCCUUAUUGAGUAUGAGAACAAACUUGCUGUGGUUGCUUGCGUUGAAGAAAAUGAUGGAUCUUCUCUGAUUCAUUUGUGGGUGUGGGAGGAGGAUACAUGCCUAUCUGAGGACGAGGACGAGGAGAGAGGGGGAUGGACUAAAAUAUAUCCUAGCAGCCCUUCUACAUGGGGGACCUUAAAUCCCGUGACUAUUUGGAUUAAUGAGAUUGUCUUGCUACCUUUUGAUGAGAUUGAGAAUGAUGGACGUUAA